AAGCCAGGAAACAUUUAAUACACCGAUUUCCUGUACCGGGGACACCAGCAGUACUUAUAAAUAUCAAGUAUUAGACCUUGUCAUAUUUAUAAGUAUACAAAAUGAACAUACUGAAAAUAUUUUGUUUGUUUUCAGGAUAUUUCUAUACUAAAGCCUCUGUAAAUCUCGCUCUACAUCGACCAACAAUUCAAACAUCAGUGUUUCAAAAUCUGUCCUCCAAUAGAGCAGUAGACGGGAAUUAUGACCUCGAUAUCAAGAAUCUGUCGUGUGCCGUGACCAAGGCAAAUGCCCGCGAAGUAUUUUGGCAAGUCACAUUGGAUCAGAUUUCUAUCAUAAGUCAUAUUCACUUUGUAUUUGAAACAACAAAAGAAAUAGUAAGUAUCUUACGGAACCAUGAGGUGUAUGUAUCAUCCAGUCGUACUGUUAAAACAGGUUACCUCUGUUACAAAGAAGCAAGAAAACAUCCUAGUGGUCUUACCAAUGAAGUAUAUUGCUUAUUAGAAGGGCGCUUUGUUACUUACUACACAAACCAUUUGUAUGAUGGACGAGUGGCGCUUCUGUUAUUGUGUGAAGUUGAAGUUUAUGGUUGUCCGAUUGGUUUCUUUGGACCUGGAUGUAGCGAUAGAUGCAGUAAUAACUGUAGAACUCAGCCAUGCGAACCAGAUUUCGGACGUUGUAUUGGUGGAUGUCAACCAGGAUUCACAUCCGAUCAAUGCAAUAAUGAAUGUGAUCUUGGUUGGUAUGGCAACGGUUGUGCCUUAACAUGCAGUCCAACCUGUCUCAACAAUGACUGUUUUAAUACAAAUGGAACUUGUAAACAGUGUGUCUCUGGUGCUACAGGAGAUAUGUGUGAAGGGGUAACUAAUGGUACAUCAAAUACAGAUACAAACCCGACAGUUCCGAACGAAGGCUUGAUGAAUGAAGCGUUAAUCAAUAGAAACAAUGGAAAGUACCAGAUAACAAUCGGAGUACUUGGUCUGGCUUUGUUGGUUUUAAUCAUUAUGGUGGUUUGUUAUCGAUUCAGAUACAAAAAAAUUGAGAAGUUGAUAGUAGCGACCAACAUAUCAUCACCUACAGACACAAAAUAUCCUAAUUCGGAAGAUGAUCCAAGUUACCACACCUCAGAUCAGGGUCAGCUUUACCCACCGUCAGGACAUCCUAUGACUGAACAAAAGCACAGCAUCACCAAAUCAAAUACAGUUCAUAUUUACGAUUCUCCCAGUACAGAUUCAAAUGACAAAAACUACAAUGCAGUAGAAGGCAAAGGAAAUACUCUGUCAUAUGCAAAUGCAAAAUUUGGAAAAGAUCCAGGACUAGAUUAUGAAGCUUUAAGAAGAGAAGGGAUUUUCCCUAGAGAAAGCCAUCAUAUCUAUGACCCUCUGCACUCGUGAAAUAGUGUAAAAAUUACUAAUGUUAAAUUAGUAAUAUCUUUGUAAUUGAGUAUGACUUUUAAAUCAAUUAAAGAUGAGAGGCAUUUUUCGGUAAUUUUUUGAUAUCGCAAUUGUAUACAUGAAACUGUGACUAGCUAACAAAGUCCUUAACAAUGAAAGUUCAACCAAUGAUUAUUUUUGUUUUAAAGAGCACAAACUAGUAUGCAUAACCUAAUUGUGGAAAUGAUGUUAAGCUACCUAACUUUUAAAAAAAGUACUAUAGUAACGUUUGUCGGAUGACCGCAAGUGGCGGAGGAUCCCACGUAUUUACCUAAAAAAAUAAUCAUAUCUUUAUACCUGAAAGUAAAGUUAAGAUACAUAGAUAUAUAUUUUUUUUCUGAGACAAGAUCCUGCGUAAAUGAUGAAUAAAUGCCAGGUAAUUCGACCUCACACACACCGUACUAACUAUUAUAUUGCAGUGAUUUACUAAUUUUUAUCAAUAUUUGUAUGAUUUAUUGUUAUGUAUUAUAUUAAUAUUUUUAUAGCAGUUAUGUAUAUAGCAGAUCAUCUAAAUAAAUCUGCAAGCAAUUUU